AUGUCCAAAAGUGCCCCCGAAGAACAGUUUGCUGCCCUAGUUGCCCAAGGCGGCAAGUUGAAUGAAGCGGAUAUUGAGGCUGUUUACAACAAGCUUUCUGCUCUUCCUAUCGAUUUUCUUCGUGGAGAAUGGAAGGGUGGAAGCUUUGACACCGGUCACCCUGGUCACGCCCAACUCUUGUCAAUGAACUGGGUUGGAAAGACCUUCCACUCCACCGAAAACGUCGAUCCUGUUAUUACAUUGAAGGAUGGGAAGCGUGUAUGCAAUGAGGACUGGGGCCAUGCUGUCCUCCGUGAGAUCCGUUUCCGUGGUGUUGUGUCAACUGCUAUGAUCUAUGACAAGUACCCUAUCAUUGACCACUUCCGCUAUGUCAAUGACAAGCUCAUUGCUGGCGCCAUGGAUACUAGCAGCUUUGGUGACGCUGGUACCUACUACUUCUACCUUUACAAAGAGGAAUAA